ACAGGUGGGACCCCUGAUUCUGGCAGGAUGGCCCAGUGGAAUCAGCUGCAGCAGCUCGACACACGGUAUUUGGAGCAGCUCCACCAGCUGUACAGCGACAGCUUCCCCAUGGAGCUGCGGCAGUUUCUGGCCCCCUGGAUCGAGAGUCAAGACUGGGCAUAUGCGGCAAGCAAGGAAUCACAUGCAACUUUGGUGUUUCAUAAUCUCUUGGGUGAGAUUGACCAGCAGUAUAGCCGCUUUCUACAAGAAUCGAAUGUUCUCUAUCAGCACAAUCUGCGAAGAAUCAAGCAGUUCCUUCAGAGCAGAUAUCUUGAGAAGCCAAUGGAGAUUGCCCGUAUCGUGGCCCGGUGUCUGUGGGAAGAGUCCCGUCUCCUCCAGACUGCAGCCACUGCAGCCCAGCAAGGGGGACAGGCCAACCACCCAACAGCAGCCGUGGUGACAGAGAAGCAGCAGAUGUUGGAACAGCACCUCCAGGAUGUCCGGAAGAGAGUGCAGGAUCUAGAACAGAAAAUGAAAGUGGUAGAGAAUCUUCAGGAUGACUUCGAUUUCAACUAUAAAACCCUCAAGAGUCAAGGAGACAUGCAGGAUCUGAAUGGAAACAACCAAUCGGUGACCAGACAGAAGAUGCAGCAGCUGGAGCAGAUGCUCACUGCGCUGGACCAGAUGCGGCGAAGCAUCGUGAGCGAGCUAGCGGGGCUGUUGUCAGCCAUGGAGUAUGUGCAGAAAACACUCACGGAUGAGGAGCUGGCGGACUGGAAGAGGCGGCAGCAGAUAGCAUGCAUCGGAGGUCCUCCCAACAUCUGCCUCGAUCGCUUGGAAAACUGGAUAACCUCAUUAGCAGAAUCUCAACUUCAGACCCGCCAGCAAAUUAAGAAACUGGAGGAGUUGCAGCAGAAAGUGUCCUACAAAGGGGACCCCAUUGUACAGCACCGGCCCAUGCUGGAGGAGAGGAUCGUGGAACUGUUUAGAAACUUAAUGAAAAGUGCCUUUGUGGUAGAACGGCAGCCCUGCAUGCCCAUGCACCCCGACCGGCCACUCGUCAUCAAGACCGGGGUCCAGUUUACGACCAAAGUCAGGUUGCUGGUCAAAUUCCCCGAGUUGAAUUAUCAGCUUAAAAUUAAAGUGUGCAUUGACAAAGACUCCGGGGACGUGGCGGCUCUCAGAGGGUCCCGGAAGUUUAACAUUCUGGGCACAAACACAAAAGUUAUGAACAUGGAGGAGUCCAACAACGGCAGCCUCUCUGCGGAGUUCAAGCACUUGACCCUGAGGGAGCAGAGGUGUGGGAAUGGGGGCCGAGCCAACUGCGACGUGAGUUGUGCAGGGUUGGAGGCCGUCUGGGG